CAGAAAAGAUACUGGAUCACAGCAACGGCGACGUGGCCGUCGAUUUCUAUCAUCGCUACAAGAGUGACAUACAACUGAUGAAAAAAAUUGGGCUGGACUCCUUUAGAUUCUCCAUCUCUUGGUCUAGAAUUUUCCCUGAGGGUGGAGUUAAGGUGAAUCGGUUGGGUGUCGAAUUCUACAACAAUGUCAUCAAUGAGCUCCUUGCUAAUGGCAUAAUACCUUUUGUCACUCUCUUUCAUUGGGAUGUUCCUCAAGCUCUUACAAACAAGUAUGGAGGAUUUCUCGACAAGAAAGUAGUGGAUGAUUUUCGGCGCCAUGCUAACUUCUGCUUCAAGACGUUUGGAGAUAGGGUUAAGAAUUGGGCUACUCUGAAUGAACCCCACAUGUUUUCUUUUGGUGGCUACGAUAGUGGCACCUUUGCACCAGGCAGGUGCUCUAACUACGUCGGAAACUGCACUGCUGGCAACUCCUCCACCGAGCCCUACACGGUCGCCCACAAUCUCCUUCUUGCUCAUGCAGCUGCUGUUGGCCUCUACAGAACCAGAUAUCAGGUUAGCCAAAGAGGGCAAAUAGGAAUUACAUUAGAUUCAUGUCGGAUGAUUCCAAAGUACGAAACUCCAGCAAAUCGUGAGGCUGCAAAUCGAGCUCUGGAUUUUUACUUUGGAUGGUUUGCUCAUCCUGUCACCUAUGGAGAUUAUCCAGAGAGCAUGAGAUCUAUAGUUGGAGAUAGAUUGCCAAAAUUCAAAAAAGCAGAAUCAAAAAUGUUGAAAGGGUCUUAUGAUUUUCUUGGUGUCAAUUAUUAUACCGCUAAUUAUGUGGAAAACAAUCCCUCUACGAGCACUGCUAAUAAAAGUUACACUUCUGAUAUCCAUGUCACUUUCUCGACCUCAAGAGAUGGUGUCUACGUCGGUGCUCCGACUGCUUUGAAGUGGCUCUACGUCUACCCAGAGGGACUCCGUGAGCUUUUGGUAUAUGUAAAGAACGAAUACCAGAACCCAACAAUUUACAUCACUGAAAAUGGAGUUGCGGAAGCAAAUGAUGCGUCAAUACCAGUUCAUGGAGCCACUAAGGAUGGUGUCAGGAUAAUAUACAUUUAUAGCCAUCUCAGAUGUCUUCUUCAAGCUAUCUGGGGCGAUGGGGUGAAUGUGAAGGGGUAUUACAUGUGGGCAUUUAUGGACGACUUUGAAUGGAAUUCAGGCUACACACCUCGAUUUGGACUCACCUUCGUGGAUUACAAAGACAACCUUAAAAGAUAUCUCAAGUUUUCUGCUCAUUGGUUUAAGAGGUUCCUCAAUCCUUGGCUGCUUACUCUGCCAAGUGAUUCUAAAUCCUCUGAUUAG